AUGGCGAACCCUCCACAGCAGACCUAUAUUCCCAGCAGGGUCAUCAAGACCGACUUUCCUCUCAUCGAUAAUGACCCACAUUUCAAGAGAGUAGUAGGCUAUGCCCGACCAUCAGACUACCUCCACGGCACCAUCGCCGCAGCCGGAGGUCCGGGUCUCCUAUGGACGAUGGAGAAGUUUGCGCCGUCUCAAGUAGGCCGCGGUGGCUUCGCCCGAGCGAUGCGCCUCGCCGGCGUGAUCGGCGCCAUAGGCGGGUUCCUCUACUUCUACCAACGAUCGUGCCUACGCUUCUACGGCAUGUCAGAGAACGCGCGCGAGGUGGAGCUGGACAUGCAGGAGAUGGUGGCGAAAGUGAAAGCCGGGGAGCCGCUGUACGGCGAGAGCAAGCUGUCGCCACACCUGCAGGGCGUCGCCGCGCGCCAGUCGCGCUACUCGGCCCUCUUCUUCGCCGCCCUCCCCUGGUUCAACUUCGUCAACCACUCCCAGCACGGCAUCGACACCGCCAAGUACUACGUCCGCGCCGAGCAGGAGCUCGAGGCCGAACGCGCCGCUGGCAGAGACAGUUCGUAA